AUGUCCGAUUGCGAAUACGAAACUGAUUCGGACAAAGAAGACGCAGGGCAAAACGGUGCGUUGCAUGCGUGCAUGCACUGCAGUCCAGAUGUUUUAGCAGCAGAGCGGGGUUUUGCUUCCAUGCACGCUUGCGCGAACUGUACCGCGGGAGUCCCUGUGUCACACGCACCAAUCUAUGGUAUUUGUCCCCACUGCGGUGGUAUGCCAACUGCACCUGGUGAUACAACGAUGGCGCAUUGUUGCUGUGGUGGUGGUGCAUACUACGGUGCAAUGGACAGUAAUCUGGUGGCAUGUGCUGCUUGUGGUGCUGGUACUGUGGUACCACAACCACCUGUUAUCGCUAUACUAGCAGCACCAGUGGAGUCGCAUGACACCGGCGAUACCAGUGAAUUCGAGCGAACCAUUGAAUCCGAGCAAACCAUUCAAGAUCAUCAGCAGCAAUACGAGACCAUCAGUGAAUUUAACGAAAGUACCAACGAAACAAUGGUGAACACAUCGAGCACCAGCAAUCCGGAAUUAACCAAUCGUCCAGAAUCAUCGGUACCCACACAGAUCUCGGAAUCCAACACAACCUGCUGCUCGCAGUGUCGUAAAAUGUACACGCAAAUGAGUGAUUGGACGAUGCUGAAUGGAUGUCCUGGAUGCAACAAGACAAUUUCGCAGCUGACUAGCUUGCCUGGCUCGGUGAAUGCAACGAUCAACAGCAGUCCAGGGGGAUCAUCGGUGCCUACACAGACUUCGGAUUCCAACACAACCUGCUGCUCAAAAUGUCGUAAUCUGUACAUGCAAGCACAGGAUUGGAUGAUGCAGCAUGAAUGUCCAGAAUGCAAUAAAACAUCGUCGCAGUUAGCUGCUAGUUUGUCUGGCAUGGAAGAAAAAACGGAUAACACAAUAAAUAUUUCGCACGAAGAUGCAAACAAAUCACAUUCUGAAAAGACAGAAAAGAGCGAGCAGGAGAUACCGGGAUAUCUUGUAACCCUGCGAUCCACAAAUAAGUCAGCAAGUAAGGAUGACCUGUCUGAAACUGCGCAUGCAAAACCAUGUGUGUCGCACAAACUGGUAACAAAAAAAGUGGACAAUGCAAACAAUGAGCUCCAAAAACUGCAAGGAAAAGUGGGUAUUUGUGAGGGAACAUCAGUGCAGCUCAAACAGCAAAAAUUUGGUUUUGGGAGGAUCUGUGGCAAUGAAUCAGAAUCCAAACAAGAUCACAACGAUACAUGCGGGAUGAACAGCGAAUCCGAUAUAAAGGAAACAGAUCACACUGAACUACCCCAGUCUGAGGUCCAAGCCAUCUUCGGGAAGAUAAUUCCACCAGACACUGCAUCCGAGGUCCCGGAAACAGAAGAACUGUUGGCAGCGCUGAAACAACUGGAUCGCGUGCUUGAAGAUGCAGGGCCAACAUCGACCGGGGACGUAACAGGAAUGAACAGUGAACAGGUGGCCAGCCCGGCCAAGCAAGGAAUUUUGGAUCCGUCCCAGUUAAAAACUGGAGAACUGAACGAAACAGAAGAGCAGCACAUAUGGGUGUUGGACGCAAAUGCCGCGGUUUCCAAUAAUGGACAAGUGGGCCAAUUGCAUAUGCAGCCAGGAGAGCAAGGAGAGACCCCAGCAGUGAUACCCGAGAGAGGGACAACGCCGACUGCGAUACAAAGCUUAACGGCAGCAUCGCCGUCGGACAGCACCUCGUCGAAAGGGAAACGUACACCAUCAGAAAUCGGGAAUACGCACGAAUUUUCACAGCAGCCGAAUCUGGGGCCUUCAGCAAAAAAACAGACGGAAGGAACUUGUGGUUUCGUUGCAUCUAAUGUCAAACAGAAUCUUCCGCAACCGCCGAAGAGAAGAAUGAGGGCGUUAGACAGAGAACGAAGAAUGACGCAAAAUGUUCGGGCACCGGACAUAAGAAGCUUGCUUUCAGCAGCAAGACAGUUGAAAUCAUCGGUCAAGCAACCACAGCCGCAAUCUAAAACAGUACCAACAACAAAAACCGAGAUCAAAGAAACCAUUGCCGCUAUUCAAGUAGGUGCAACGUCGGUACUGCCACAGGAUGACACCUCGUCCAACGAAGAACACAAACUUCCGAAGACACAGAAGCACCCAGGAUCGCAACCAGAAGCAACGCCAUUAGCGGAAAAAAAGGUCAAAGAACUGAUGACUGCCGCUCAAAUAGGAUCCACGUCAGUGCUACCACUAGAAGGCGGUACUACAAAGAGAGAACACGGAUGUUCAGAAACAGAGAAAAUGUCGACAGUUCUAGGACAAGCAAAUCCAGAACUCGACAAAAAGACAAGGCAGGUGAAAGGAACGGAUGCUGACCCGACUUCACAGAAGAUUCCACAGCCAUCAAAGCGAUCCAGAAUGCUGGAUUGCGAACGUCACAAAAUGCGUUAUCUUUGGGAACCGAACAUAAAUAAGCCGUUUUCAUCUGCUGGACAAGCAAUCCCAUCAUCUGAGCAACCAGAGUCACAACUAGCUGAGGUAACAGCAAAAUCCAGCACCGACACAUCACUAGACGGCACGCAAAUGACUUCUUCUGUGGCAGCUGCUGCCUCAUUGAAGCAGGAACACAAACCACCAGUUAUUCCGGUAUCCAUCAAAAAGCUAGGACAAACAACGCUCGGAACUGUUAGGGAAAAAAUAACUAUAACUGAAAAACCACCUGUAACUGGUUCGACGGAGCAUGAAAAAUUUCCAGAACUAACAGCAACAGCAGAAAUGCUGAACGGAAAAAAGACAAAAAUUGAGGACCAUUCGACAUCAGGAAUAACGGGCCUUCUUUCACACACUGGCCCGAUGCAUUCAUCCUUUAAGCGACCGCAGCCGAAAACACCAGCAUCGAUGGAACUUGGAAUGAAGACGAUGGACAUGACACCAGCCAUGGGAAAACACGGUGAGACGUCAAAUGUAGUAGGAAGUACCCUGGUACCGAUUGCGGUGGAAAAACUAAAAACCGCCCCAGUUGAAGAACAUCCUUUUCAUAUGAAACCGGCUGCAAUUAAACACUCGGAAGUUACGCAAGCUACAGUAUCAGCGGUGAAAUAUCUACAGCCAACACCUGCUACAGCACAUGAUUGGGAACCAGCUCUAGCCGCAGCAAAACGACCAAAACCAGCACCGGCUACAGCACAGCAACCGAAACUAGCAUCGGCCACGGCAGAACAACCGGGACUGGCACCGAAUACGACAAAACGAUUGGAGCCAGCACCAGCUACGGCAAAACAAUCGGAACCAGCACCAACUGCAACAAAACAACCGGGACAAGCACCGGCUGUGGCAAGAAAAGCGAAGCGAGCUCUGGCUACCGCACAGCAGCCGGGACUAGCAUCGGCCACGACAAAAGAACCGGAACCAGCACCGAGUACAAGAAAACGAUCGAAAUCAGCACCGGCUAAGGAAAAGCACCCGAAGCCAGCAACGGCCACGGCUAAUCAACCGGAACUGGCACCGAGUACGGCAAAACAAUUGGAACCGGUACGAGCUAUGGCAAAGCAACCGGAACCGGCACUGACCACCGCAAAACAGCUGGAACCAGCAUCGGCUGCAACGAAACAAUCAACACCAGCUAUGGCGAAAAAACCGAAACCAGCUCUGGCUACCGCACAGCAACCGGAACCAGCAUUGACCACAACAAAAGAACCGGAACCAGCACCGAGUACAAAAAAACGAUCGAAAUCAGCACCGGCUAAGGAAAAGCAACCAAAACUAGCAACGGCCACGGCUAAUCAACCGGAACUGGCACCGAGUACGGCAAAACAAUUGGAACCGGUACGAGCUAUGGCAAAGCAACCGGAACCGGCACUGACCACCGCAGAACAGCCGGAACCAGCAUCGACUGCAACGAAGCAAUCAACACCAGCUAUGGCGAAAAAACCGAAACCAGCUCUGGCUACCGCACAGCAACCGGAACCAGCAUUGACCACAACAAAAGAACCGGAACCAGCACCGAGUACAAAAAAACGAUCGAAAUCAGCACCGGCUAAGGAAAAGCAACCGAAACUAGCAACGGCCACGGCAAAUCAACCGGAACUGGCACCGAGUACGGCAAAACAAUUGGAACCAGUACGAGCUAUGACAAAGCAACCGGAACCGGCAUUGACUACCGCAAAACAGUCGGAACCAGCGUCGGCUGCAACGAAACAAUCAACACCAGCUAUGGCGAAAAAACCGAAACCAGCUCUGGCUACCGCACAGCAACCG